AAUUUUUACAAUCAAGAAAUAAAUUAAUUUCUAAAAAAAAAAAAAAUAAAAAAAAAUUUAAAAAAAAACGAGACGAGAAGAAAACGGAAUAAAGCCUUAAUAAAGAGGGGAAGAGACUUGAGCGAAUGCGGAAUGUUUAAACUAAGGUUGACGGCCUUGACUGCAUUGGUUUGCUUGGCUGCUACCUCAUAUGCUAUCUCCAGCACAUGGGGUAAUAUCUCUAAUUCAGCCCAGUUACUGCACGCAGAACAAGUAUUCAAUGCAUCGUCACCAGAGAAAUAUGUGAAUCGUGAAAUUAAAUUUCCGAAAAACGGUGUUGGUAAUGGACGCAUCAUAACCGGGAUACGUGCCUUCGACCAGGUCACCAAUGGUACAGGAGGACACGCCACAAUAUAUUCGGGUGGACCCGGAUUUAAUUUUGUAACACUGCAGUUGCAAUCUCAGUACAAUUAUGGUUUAAUGUUUCAUGUUGAAAUUUAUGGAAAAUGAUAUAUUUUGAACAAAUAUACAUACAUAUACAUACAUAUAUUUUUAAUUUCUUAUAAAC